AUGAAAAUCAAUAUAAGGAUUCAUUUCUUGCUGUAUGUCAUCCUACCAAGUGCUAAAGGAGAGUUUAUUCGUCCAAAUGAACAUACUCUACCUGCUGGUCUUACGUCACUGAGUGGGUCUGAUGCUAUUGGAGGCUGCCCUCAAGACUGUGUGAAUAAUGUGAAUAAAGUUUGUCAAUGUUCUGAUGGCACACCCUUUACUUCAACUCUCAUCGACGGGGUGUGUCCUACAAGUGUGAAUACUACUGAGCCAACUUGGGCGAGAGAUUUCUUUACUAUCAGUAGAAGUGUGGAGACUCAAGUAAUAAUUGGAUUUAACUGGAAUACUGGAUUUGCACUCAGAGGAGUUGAACUGAAACUGUUUAACUGUGCAACACUGAAUACUGACAUUCAUACCAUCAAUGUGUGGGGGUCCAUUAUCUACCCAACCUUCGAUCCUACAUCACUAGUAGGAAGUUAUGUAGCAAAUGGAGAUGAUCUGAAUUGCAAUUCUGUGACAACAAUCAUUAUUCAAGCAAAUGCAAAUGCAAAUUUCAGAGCCUAUUACAUUGAGUUUAAAUUCCUUCAAGGAGACAGUAACACUGGCAUCUACAUAGCUGAGGCAAAAUUCAGUGACACAACUAUUACCAUCCCCAAUGAAGCCACCUCAUCUCCUCCAUCACCAGCUGUCACCUCAACCCCUCAACAACCCUCACCAUCCUCAACAAUUACCUCCGUCCCUCUUCCAAUGAUGUCAUCCAUAGACAGUACCCUAUUCAGCUCACCUGUUGUGACUGUGACGACUGCCCCAAUUCAAAAUACAAGUUCAUCGUAUCGAUUAUCAACAAUGCAACUAACAGCGACACCCACACCUACAGUUACACGUGUAGGCUUCACUGACUUCUCAACUGACCCCCCCACUGACACUGUGCCCCCCACAACUGCCCCCCCACCUGGCCCCCAGCUGGGUGCAAUCGUUGGUCCACUAGUCGGAGUGAUUGUUGUACUCAUUAUCGUUAUAGUGAUUGUUUUACUAUGGAAACAGAAAAGAAAUGCAGAAAGGAACAGACCAGAAGGAAUCAUUCAAAUGAACGAUCUUACUUAUCGGUCCUCUGCAAUCGACUCAGAAAACAUUGACCUGAAAACAAACCAGGCUUAUGGAAAUAUUGAGCAUGGAGAAACAGCUGUAACUGUUGCUAACCUGGUUGCUAACCCUUCCUACGAGAGUAUGCCCCCACCCAUUGCCCAACAGAGUGUAGAGUAUGACUAUAUUCCUGACCUACUCCAUGGCAAUACGCCGGCUAGUAACAGUCGAGAUGGGACUGAGGACAGUAACGGUAGACCUACCUCUGUAGUGUAUGAGGAAAUACCUGCCUAGCUUAAGUACAUUGUACACAAACAAGUGCUUGUAAUGUUUACUUUUAUGAUAAUUCACAAAAGCAGUUUGUUUUUGUUUGAAGGGUACAACAUUCCACUUAGUAAUCCAUUUCCUAGCAACUAAUUCGUUGUUUUUAAGUUUUACACACGCGUAUA